ACAUUUGAUUAAUAUAGCUUAGCCUAUUAUGUCCUCAAUAAAUAUGAAAUGAUGUGUGAAGUUUUUUAUAUGUAAUUGUAGUUGUAGAUAUUUUAUGUCCCCUUUUACUGACACCGUUGAUAAUUUAGUUUAGGAGACAGGCUGCUUCGACCCUUCAUCUUUAGGGCCCAACCUGAGAUGAGAGAAUGCUAUGUCCGUGCCGACAGACGGAGGGAGCUGACUCGAUAAAGAUUUUCCCCACAUGGGAAAUGAACUCAAAUCUCUGUGUGUGACGGUGGUAUAAGAUGUCAAGUAUAGUAAUUAAUUAUAAUGUUAAAUAGUACAAUAUAUGUAUAUUAUGGUUCGCUAGGGCUGCAAUGAGUUGCUUUAGCAAAAUGCAGAACAUGUUAGUGCACAUCUUCGGCAAAUAAUACGAUAUGAACCGCUUCGGCAAAUGGACUACUUCAGCAAAUCAUGGAAACACCCACUUCGGCAAACGAGUCAGGAAAGAGAGUUAAGAGUCUGAAUUCGGAUAAUGUUUCAGUGAGAAUUAUUCAGUUAUGUGGGUAGGUGUCUGGAUUUUGCUCACCACUAGUGCGCAUUCUCCUGAAAAUUUAAACAGGAACAGACGCUUUUGAAAAUACAAUUUAUAUCAUUAGUAACUUUCUCUUUAAUAUCUUAAAUCAUUGUGAAAAUGGGCUCAGCUAGUGGUGAAAAGUUGCAGAACUUAAUUAGAGACAUAAAAUAUGAAACUGUAUGUUGAAAAUACUGCUUGUGGCUUUGCAGCGCUGUUAGUAUGUGAGGCUGCUGAAAAUGAGGUUUGUCAUAAUAUUAUGAUUUUCUGAUCUGAAACUUUGCUAGUGUAUAAGGCAGUACAUGUAACGUUAAAGACCACAGCACGUGUACAUUGAUCUAGACUUUAUUUCAGUUUUCAAAGAAACAAUGCAAGCUAAUGCUUCAACUCUGUAGGUACCAAAUCUAAACAUGUGAAAGAUAAACUGAAUACUUUUUGAAGCUGUUUGGUUGAAAUCUAAAAUCUGAUUCAUGUGUUGCCAAAAUUCAAGUUUUCAGGAAAAUUGCCCUGGCUAGAUCUAGAUCUAUAGAUUCUGUUCAUGUAAGUAUCAAUAAAUUGAUUAAUUUUUUAAAAGAUGUUAUAGGCCUAUAUAUGUUUUAUAUUAUCUGGAAUGUUUUUAUUUUUAAAUUUGUGUCCUUAGUGACUGCUGAAGGCUGUGAAGAGAGACGAGAUGGCGGAAGAAACCCCCAGACUAGGGCAGUUCGACUCACCCCCUCCAGUUUCACAUGAGAUCCAGAUAAGCGUGAAUGAGGAACGUGACCUGCAUGAAGCUUAUAAUGACUGCCACAAAAACAAAGGACACACAAACUUUACGCCUGUUCCAAACUUUGACCUAAAUUCUCUACCUGAAAGUUUCCAGGACCAGGGUAUUCUGGAUACCAUUAAACUACUUGCGAAACUGACAGUAAAGGUGGCUGUUAGAAAGAUGAGUUCAAAGAGACCUAAGAAGGGAGAGAGGGGCAUCCCCUCACACGGAAGUGGAUGGUUGUGGAGCGCUAAGAAAUGUAACUUCUACAAAGAUCGUCCUUGCGUGUGCAAGACAUGCAGGAGUUCCUCAGAACCUGCGAUGGAGUGGGGGGAAUUGAGAGCGUACACCAACAAGCAUGUUGUGUUUAACGAUGAAGAGGCAGACGGAGCCGAAGUAAUCAUGUUUUACGACAGCGAGCACGAGCGGGAUAAAGUGAGAACUCUAACUGGCAUUCGUGUCGAAAGCAGUGACCCAGAAGGUGACGUGUGCGAGUUUAUUGCUGUCACACACGACCACGAGCUUUGGACUUACGUGGUGACUAUUAUUGACUAUGUCUACAAUACAAAGUCGGAUCCACUGGAGGCGACAUCGUCCGAAGAGCUAGUUGAGCAGAAUUUGGUUGUUAUUGUUUCCCACCCCCACGGCUGCAAUAAACAGAUUAGUGUUGGCAAAUGUCUACAGAGAUGUGUACUGCGAAAUGAAGGUGAAUUCCACGAGUCAGUCUUCUACGUAUAAGACACCCCGACUUGUUGCGGGUGCAGUGGUUCACCGGUGUACGUGGUUGGCAGGGAAGGGCGGAGAGUCUUUCAGGCACCUCAUAGGGGAGAGUUGAUUGACAAUCCACAACACAGUUGCAGUGGUGUUGGCUUGGAAUGGAAAAAAACUGAACACAAGUAUGACUCCUUGAUUAUAGGUUCUGGUGAUGAGAAAAGUGACAGCGACGAACAAGAGACUGGUCCUGGUGAAGGGAGGGGCUUGGUGGAUGACUGUAGUUUGGUGGCGACAACUUCAGAACUCGGUUCUGAUUGUGGAAGCGAAAUUAAUGACAGUACAGAUGAAAUAAGACAAGGAAGCGAAAUUAAUGACAGUACAGAUGAUGUAAGACAAGGAAGUGGCAUUAAUGACAGUACAGAUGAAGUAAGACAAGGAAGUGGCAUUAAUGACAGUACAGAUGAAAUAAGACAAGGAAGUGGCAUUAAUGACAGUACAGAUGAAGUAAGACAAGGAAGUGGCAUUAAUGACAGUACAGAUGAAAUAAGACAAGGAAGUGGCAUUAAUGACAGUACAGAUGAAGUAAGACAAGGAAGUGGCAUUAAUGACAGUACAGAUGAAGUAAGACAAGGAAGUGGCAUUAAUGACAGUACAGAUGAAAUAAGACAAGGAAGUGGCAUUAAUGACAGUACAGAUGAAGUAAGACAAGGAAGUGAAAGAAGACGAAUGGAAAAGAGAAAAAUAAAUAAAGAUGUAGGGAGCGACUGUGGCGGAAAUGAGAGCUGCCCUGGUGUCAAAGAGCCAACAUGUAAACAGAGUCGCUCGGAAGGUCAGUUGGUUACAAAAACAGGAACUGACACAGAGCCCUCUGGCCGUUCUAGUGGUGAACGCCCUCAAGCUGAACUGUCACCAACUUUCUCUGGAAAUAAUGACAGCGUCAAAGAGGAGGCGGAAGAAUAUAUCCGGGUGACCUCUGCAAUGCAUUCAAGCCUGCAGAAAUAUCGAUUUUGCCGCAAGGGAGAUUGCCAUGAGACUUUCAUACCCUUAGGGGAGAUUUCCGAAGAUCGAAUAUCAUCACCCUACAAAGACAUCUACCCUAUUAUCAAACUGCUUGCCAAAAUAACUGCGCACGUAACAACGUGCUACGUUUCUCCGGAGAGGACUGGACGUUUUAAAAUUACGGUUGGACAUAAACGUACUGGCACGGGAUGGUUACAAAACCUUGACGGGUUCAGUGGAAGAGGACCCUGCCCUUGUUCAGACUGCCGUCGACAAGGCUCAAAGCCAUGCCAGAAAUGGAAAGGAUUUGUUUUGAGGACAGCUUGUCAUAUGAUUUAUGAUGACGCAGAGGCUCGUAGAACUGUAGCAAAAUUCAAUUUCGACAGCUACGAUAGAUCCAGUGUUAAAACCUUUGAGGGUGUACAGCUUAUUCAGCGGGAUGAGAAGGCUGAUUUGAGUGACCUACUUGUAGUAACCCAUGACACUGAAUUUGCUGAAAAACUACGCAUGGUCAUCCAGCUAUUUUCCAGACAACUUCAUACCAUGAAUGUAAAUCUUGCUGGUAAAAUUGAGCCUCCUUACCUGGUCACAAUAGUGUCUCAUCCACACGGAUUGAGCAAGCACAUCACCAUGGGCUUUACUAAGAUGAGUAUUGGUGGGGACACUAGUGCCGCAGACAUAUCAAGAGACACGCACACCCAGGAAUCCUCCAGCACUUCUUCACGUAAUGAUCCAGGGGGUGGAAGUCAAAGUUACGUGACUGAUGUCCCGACAAAACUGUUCAUCAAAUCGAGUCGUGUGUAUACCGCAGACACCUGCCCUGGUUGUAGUGGUGCUCCUGUUCUCAUCAUCACUGGCCAGGGUGUCAGGUGCUGGCCUCUAACUCAUGCUCGUUCCUCACGUUUUGGGAACAUAAGUUCUGAACACGUAGACUUAGUCGUAUAAACAUAUUAUUUGUGCCAUUUCAGAGAUUGCCUAUCCUGCUUAUUUGUUGGUGGAUGAAGAUUUAAGGGUUGUUGUCUCGGAUUCUGGCGUGGGUAGUCUAGGCAUUAGGCUACCGGACCUACCCUUAAUCGUGAGGUAGUGGGUUCGGGGGAUCAAGCCACAAGCCCGAGAUUGUGUUCUUGGGAGAGGCAUUUUGCAUGAAUUUUCCUCACUUCAUCCAAGCGUGUAUGGGCACCUGGCCAUAGACAUUGAAAGAUCUAGUCAGUAUAUAUAGAGUGUUUUAGCAAUUGCGAAAUGGCAGCUUGCGCUGAAAGCUUCUCACCAAGUUGAGAUUGUUUCAGAAUGCUUUCAGGUGUGCUGAGGUAAUAACAUAAUUGUAGAUUGUUAAGCGCAUAGAAAACUUGCUGUUAAGUGGGGAUUGUUAUCUAUACACUGCUAUUUAUUAUUAUUAUUACUAUUAUUAUUGUUAUAUUUAUA